AUGGAAAUGGAAAGGCAAAUGGAAGCAACCGAAUUGGAAAUAGAAGUGAUGGAACCCAUUGAUUUAUGUGGGGAAGUAGAAGAAGGUGGUGAAAUAUUUGAAAGAAAUGAAAGAGACAAAGCAACUGAAAAAAAGUUUGACUGUGGAAAUCAGAGUCUGAUGAGUGCUCUAAAGACAAAGUUGCUUAAAGUGAAGAGAAAUUGUCAUGAUCAACUUCUUCAAUGUGGUGUCAUUGAGAAAUUGGACACAACUAGAGUGUACCAAAUUUGGCCAGGAAGAAAUGUCUUUUUCUUUCAUGGAAGACUCAUGUGUGGUCCUGAUCCAAGAGGGUUUAUUUUGACCACGGUUUCUAUAAUUCUUUCAAGUUGGAUUUUUUCCAGAUAUGUUGGGAAAGAUGUGCCACAUCACUCAGCCAUCGUUGUUAUGUUCGGUGUAUUGUUGACAUUAAUUGUGCUGGUCAACUUGAUCCUCGUUAGCACAACCGAUCCAGGAAUUAUUCCUAGGAGCGAUCAAGAAUGUCCUGAAGAGGCUGGUACUAGCAAUGGAACCAAAAGCAAAAAGGUAGUCAAUGGGGUGGAGAUGAAAUUGAAAUACUGUCGAAUUUGCAAGAUUUUUCGGCCACCCAGAAGUUGCCACUGUGCGAUCUGUGACAAUUGCAUUGAGAGAUACGAUCAUCACUGCCCUUGGAUUGGUCAAUGCAUUGGAUUGAGGAACCAUCGAUAUUACACGGCACUUGUGAUGUCCACCUUAAUUUUCUAUGUGUACAUAUUUGCAUUCUCUUGCUGGAGGUUAAAUCGAAGAAUGUGGAAAGAUGGGGAUACAUUUCUUGGAUUGGUGAAGACAUGCCCGGAAACAUUAGCAUUGGCUGCAUUGAGCUUGACUGCAAUCGGGCUUUUAGGCCCCCUUGCUAUCUAUCAUGUGUAUUUGAUAGCGGUCAAUGAGACUGCAUAUGAGAAUUUUCGACACCGUUAUGUGGGUUCAAGGAGCCCUUAUGAUAGAGGAAUUUUAAGCAAUUUCAAAGAGGCAUUUUUCGUGGCACUACCUCCUCCUAGAGUUGAUUUUCGAGCUGAAGUUACAUUGACAUAA